AUGGCGUCCGAUGAAGCUACUACGGCCGCAGCUGCAUCCCCGCAGGAGCUGCAGAAGGAGAAUAUAAAGCCAGAGGAUAACACAUCAAAGGAAGAGAAGAACACGGAAGACCAGCCUUCGAAAGAAGAGCCUGCGGAGAAAACCGUUGACAUCUCCAACCUUCCGUCCUCUGCUGCCGACGGCGUUAUCAAAACCCUCUUCCAUGGGCCGCUUGAACACUGCAAGCCUCCCCCUCCGGCAGAGCUAACCGCCGAACAGAAAUCCAAGUACGACGGCCUUCUGGCAUUGGUGAGCGGAUGGUCCACUAUCCCGACUACGUCCGCAAAGAACUCGCCAGUAGAGCCGCUGAGCGAUGAUGAGCGCAUGUUCCUUACCAGGGAAUGCCUGCUCCGAUAUCUUCGUGCUACCAAAUGGAACGUCAACAGUGCAGAAUCCCGCCUGCAAGCAACUCUCGUCUGGCGCCGCGAGUACGGUGUCAAAAAACAUACUCCAGAGUACAUCUCAGUUGAGAAUGAGACCGGAAAGCAGGUGAUCCUCGGUUACGACAUCCACGCCCGGCCCUGCCUAUACCUUAACCCUAGCAAGCAGAAUACCGAACACAGUCCCCGCCAAAUCGAGCAUCUGGUCUUCAUGAUCGAGCGUGUUAUCGAUCUGAUGGGGCCCGGCCAGGAAUCGCUUGCAUUGCUGGUGAAUUUCAAGGAGACCAGCUCUGGCCAGAACGCUACGAUUUCCCAGGGAAGGCAAACUUUGAGCAUCCUUCAAAACCACUAUCCAGAGCGUCUCGGCAGGGCCCUGGUUAUUAACAUGUCGUUUUUCAUCCUUGGUUUCUUCAAACUGAUCACCCCGUUCAUUGACCCGUUGACGAGGGAGAAAUUGAAGUUCAACGAGGACAUGCGGCAACAUGUCCCAUCUUCACAGCUCCUCAAGGUGACUGGUGGUGAUGUCGAGUUUGAAUACGACCACUCCGUCUACUGGCCAGCCCUUAAUGCCCUAGCCACCCAGAAAAGACAAGCCUACCGCGAGAGAUGGAUCCAGGGAGGCAAGUUUAUUGGCGAGCACGAGGACUACCUCAAGGGAGGACCUGGAAAGAGCCUUGCAGAGACAAACGCCGCACAGCCAUCCGACACUCCUGCCGAUAUCCAGGAGAAAAUGGAGAGCCUGGCAGUCAAUGAUCCUGCCAAAGACCAGCCAGAGACCACAGCCACAACCACGGCUUGA